AUAAAAACUGUCACACAGCGGAGGUAGUGGCGUCUUGGUCCCUGCAAAGUUCUCCCAGUAGGACAUUUCCUGCAGACACAGAUCCAAUCAUGUCGAAGGCAAAGGAUAUGGGCUCCUCCAUCAUCCACACCCAGCAGAUGCAUGCUGCGAUGGCGGACACUUUCCUGGAGCACACAUGUCUGCUGGACAUCGACUCUGAACCUGCUGUGUCUCGCAACACUGGCAUCAUCUGCACAAUCGGACCUGCCUCCCGAUCUGUGGAGAUGGCCAAGGAAAUGAUCAAGGCUGGGAUGAACAUUGCAAGAAUGAACUUCUCUCAUGGCACACACGAGUACCAUGCUGAGACCAUCAAGAAUAUCCGUGAGGCAGCUGAGAGCUUCAGCCCAGGCACUGCUGAAUACAGACCCGUGGCCAUCGCUCUUGACACCAAGGGACCAGAAAUCAGGACCGGACUUAUCAAGGGCAGUGGCACCGCUGAGGUUGAGCUCAAGAGGGGUGAAACCAUCAAGCUCACACUUGACAACCAGUACCAGGACAAAUGUGAUGAGAAAGUCUUGUGGCUCGACUACAAGAACAUCACCAAGGUUGUGCAGACCGGCAGCCACAUCUACGUUGAUGAUGGUCUGAUUUCCCUGAAGGUUAAGGAAAUUGGCAACGACUACCUGAUGUGUGAGAUUGAGAAUGGCGGUAUGCUGGGCAGCAAGAAGGGAGUCAACCUGCCUGGAGCUGCCGUUGACCUGCCUGCUCUGUCUGAGAAGGACAUUGAGGACUUGCAGUUCGGUGUGGAGCAGGGUGUUGACAUGGUCUUCGCCUCCUUCAUCCGUAAAGCUGCUGACGUUCACGCUGUCAGGAAAGCACUGGGCGAGAAGGGCAAAGACAUCAAGAUCAUCAGCAAGCUGGAGAACCACGAGGGAGUACGCAGAUUUGAUGAGAUCCUGGAGGCUAGCGAUGGCAUCAUGGUUGCCCGUGGAGACCUGGGCAUUGAAAUCCCAACAGAAAAGGUCUUCCUCGCCCAGAAGAUGAUGACUGGCAGGUGCAUGAGGAUCGGCAAGCCCAUCACCUGUGCCACACAGAUGCUGGAGAGCAUGACCAAGAAACCCCGCCCUACCCGCGCUGAGGCCAGUGAUGUCGCCAACGCCGUGCUGGACGGCAACGACUGCAUCAUGCUGAGCGGUGAGACCGCCAAGGGAGAGUAUCCCCUGGAGGCCGUCCGCACACAGCACAAGAUUGCCCGUGAAGCCGAGGCAGCCAUGUUCCACAGGCAGAUGUUCGAGGAGCUGCGUCGCACCACUCAUCUGACCCGUGACCCCACAGAGACCGUUGCUAUCGGCGCCGUCGAGGCUUCCUUCAAGUGCUGCGCCAGCGCCAUCAUUGUGCUCACCAAGACUGGCAGGUCUGCUCACAUGCUGUCAAAGUACAGGCCCCGUGCCCCUAUCAUUGCUGUGACCCGCUGUGGCCAGACCGCCCGCCAGGCUCACCUGUACCGCGGUAUCUACCCUGUGCUCUACACCAAGCCCGCCAACGACGUCUGGGCUGAGGAUGUUGACCUGCGUGUGAACUUUGCCCUGGAAGUUGGCAAGAACCGCAAAUUCUUCAAGUCCGGAGACGUUGUCAUCGUCGUGACCGGAUGGCGCCCAGGAACCGGUUACACCAACACUAUGAGAGUUGUGCUGGUGCCUUGAACUUAAUCAAAGGACAUUAGUAACGGCUCCCCCCCUCCCCUCUCCUGUGACCCGCCCCUGUCCCCCCGCCCCAUGUCGGACUUUUCUUUUCUUUUCUGUUGCUCUUCAUCACCAACAGAAAGUCAAAAACAGGCCGCUCCUUCAAAGGACUUUUGAAGGUGUCGUUCACAGACCAGAUCCAUAUUUGUAAUUUACUGUCUAAAAACCUGCUCCCAGAGACUGAACUCAAACCCUUUCAGUGGAAACUCUUCUGUCAUGUGUGUGCCAACUCUGUUUGCAUGAGUGGAAAUCAGUGUUCAUGCUCUGCAUGCACUGUAAACUAAAGUACACAUUUGAUCCUUUCCCUGGUUUUUGGUUCUUUAAUUGUCCAGGGAUAAAGACAAAGAUGUACUGUGAGUGUUCUCUCCAAUGUUUCAUGCCGAAC